AUGGCCUGGACUCCUCUGCUCCUGGCGCUCCUCUCUCACUGCACAGGGUCCCUCUCCCAGCCUGUGCUGACCCAGCCGCCCUCCCUCUCUGCAUCUCCGGGAGCCAUAGUCAGACUCACCUGCACCAUGAGCAGCGGCUAUAAUAUUAGUGGAUACUUUAUAAAAUGGUUCCAGCAGAUUCCAGGGAGCCAUCCCCGGUAUCUCCUGGAAUAUAAAUCAGACUCAGAGAAGCACCAGGGCUCCGGGGUUCCCAGCCGCUUCUCUGGAUCCAAAGACGCCUCGGCCAAUGCGGGGCUCCUGACCAUCUCGGGGCUGCAGCCUGAGGACGACGCUGACUAUUACUGUAACACCUGGGACAGCAGCUCUAAGACUCACACAGUGGUCCAGACCCACAGGGAAGUGAGACAAAAACCUCCUCUCUGCUCCCCUGA